CUCCUUCACUUCCAGCUCUGCCUCAGUCCCUCACUGCAGAGGGAUGAGCCGCUGUGCAGAGAAUCUGAAGGGCUUCCUAGCCCAAGUGGAAGCCGAGGCAGGACAAGAGAAGGGGCAGCUGGCUGAGGAAUUCCAGGAAAUCAGGGCCCGGGCCAUAGCAUUCCGGAAGCAACAGGGCAUUUCAACAGAAGCCGGGGGCAACCAGGAGAAUAUAAAGAAGAACCGUUACAAAGACAUCUUGCCCUAUGAUCAGACCAGAGUUGUUGUCAACUUCCUGGCAGAAGGAAGCCAAGCAGAUUAUAUCAAUGCCAACUUCAUUCAGGGUGUGGAUAACAAGCAAUGCUAUAUUGCAACCCAAGGGCCUCUUGCACACACAGUGCUUGACUUCUGGCGUAUGGUUUGGCAAUACAAGGUGAAGGUGAUUGUCAUGGCUUGCCGGGAAGUGGAAAUGGGCAAGAAAAAGUGUGAGCGCUACUGGCCUUUGGCAGAGGAAACCUUGCAUUUUGGACCCUUCUCUGUGGCACAGGUUAAAGAACAAGAACUCAAUCCAGAUGUCAUUCUGCGAAUGCUUACUCUGACCUUUCAGAAGGAGGAGCGGGUAAUAUCCCAUUUCCAGUAUGUGGCAUGGCCAGAUCGGGGCAUCCCAGACACUUACGGCUACUUCCUUGACAUGAUUGAGCAAGUGAGACGUAAGCAGGGUGAAGACACUGUGCCCAUCUGUGUGCAUUGCAGUGCUGGCUGCGGCCGGACAGGUGUGAUCUGUACACUGGAAUACAUACGGCAGCUUCUGCUCAAACAGAGAAUUCCACCACAUUUCAGCAUUUUUGAUGUUGUCCUAGAAAUGAGGAAGCAGAGACCGGCUGCUGUUCAGACCCAGGAGCAAUAUGAGUUUGUACAUCAUGCAGUCACUGAAAUGUUCCGGGCUGCCCUGGGCUUAUCUAACCCAAAGUAUGAAAACCUCAAAGAGAACCGUCUUCCCCUCUAUGACGACGCUCUCUCCCUCCGUCGGCCUGCUGAACCCUUGCUCAAACGGAGUACCAUCCUUCGGAGUAUCUCAGUGCCAGCUGACCCCACGCCCACCACACUUCCAGAACUGCCACCCAAGCUCAUCAGCGACAUGGGUGAUACCUACGCAGUCGUGAACAAACUCCGGCGAAGUGGAGGAGGAGCAUCUCCUACUUCUCCUGGCAACGAGCCCAAGCAUGAUAGAGAGACAUCCGUUUAUGCUGCUGUGAAGCCUAGGAAUAGCAACGUGGCCGACAUUCCAGCAAUUGACCCCAAUGCCUUUGUGGGACUACAAGCCAGCCACUCUCUGCCAGGUAGUCCAAUACGACGGCCAGCCCCCAGUGUAACCUGCGAAUACGCCCAUAUUAACCCAUCUGUUCCAGGCGAUUCCAGUUCCAGAGUCACCUCUUCCCCAUCUCACACCAAUGGAUUUGGAAAAACCCUCCUUAGGAAUCUGAUGCCCCCAGUUUUUAAUUCAUCGCCAGGGAAGAAAGCUCCACCAUCACCACGGACUGUCCCUACGCAAGCAUAUGAAGAUGUGGGUGACAUCAGUCCCAGGGGUAGCCCAAACACUGUGGGGUCCUCUGUCAAUGCAAUGGGGUUUAACUUCCGUAUUGGGAAGCCCAAAGGACCGAGAGACCCUCCUGCUGAGUGGAGCCGAGUAUAGGCAGCACGUCAGAGAGAGCAGGGCAAAGGACAUUGCUUAUGCCAUGCAGCAAUACAGACUGGGACCAAACUGCAGUUAUGUUCACCCCUACCUUAGGGAGUGGCUGUGUUAAAAAUAAUAAGAAUAAUCAGCAAUCCACACUCUGGGGCCAUGUAGCAGAAGGGAGCAGCAGAAAGCACUACCCCCCAAGGUGCAUCACGGCCAGAAGAGAAGGACUGCAAGAAGUUCAAAUCCUCCAGCUAGGAAAUCUUGAUCCCGCAGUCAACGUCUCUUCACCGGCUUCUUGAGCAGUUCUGGAGUCCAAGAAUAAGGUUGGCUUGGCAACUGUAAAAUAAAAGCUGGAACUGGGUGUAUUCCAUGCCAGGGAACCUUCAGCAUGGUACCCCCUGCACACACAGACAUUAAACAAAAUAUUUGGUAAUUUGUAAA